CGUCAAUCAGGAGGCGGGCGAGCUGUCUGUCCGGAUGCGGAAGCGGCGGCGGCGGCGCUCCCGCUGCUGUCGCUCUUCAUCUCGUCACAAGUUGAAGUGGAGCGUGUGUUAGGAGCGGCCCAGUGCCAGUCACAACAAACAAACCAGCCCAGCAACAAAUCCCGGACCCAGCCCAUGGAGGUGAUCGGCGGGCACCGGCUGGGACUUGUGUAAGAAAGAGCCCGCCGACCGUGGGGCCCAGCCAAGCCGGCAGCAAAAGUCGGAGCCUGGAUCCAAAGGGAAAGGCUCGGGGGAGGCUUUGGACCAGGAAGAGGAUGAGCAGGAGACUGGGUUAACGUUAGCGCCGACCAAGAAGGAAGUGAUUCCCUUCACAAACAAACCCGGCGCGGGGCAGAGGGUCUGGGACUUGCCAGAAGUUUCUGUUUUCUCUCUCUGACUCCUUGUGCUCUUUGUUUUUAAUUUGAAAGUAGGACGAAGAGAAGAGCCCGUUAACUGGGGAACUGUAGAUUCCUCGCCGCCUGCUACUUUUAAAACAAUUUGACUGUAACUGUUGGAAGGGAAGAUGCUCCCCCUGAAGAAGUAUUUCACAGAAGGUCUCAUCCAGUUCACUAUCCUCCUGAGUCUGAUGGGGGUCCGGGUGGACAUUGACUCCUAUCUGAAUGCCCAGCUGCCCCCUUUCCGCGAAAUUAUCUUGGGCCAGAGCUCGGCUUAUACCCAGACUCAGUUCCACAACUGGAGGAACACGCUGGACGGCUACGACCUUCACCCGAAGAGCGUGGACCUGGACUAUUACUUCACUUCCAGGAGGCUGCUGAACGACGUGAGGGGCCUGGACCGGCUGCUGGUGCCCAGCACCGAGCUCAGCGCCUGGCUGGUGCACAGCAGCAGCGGCGGCGGCCGGGAGGGGGACGGCUCGGUGGCUGCCCCGCAGCCCAACCUGCCGUUGGACAACCCGAGUGGGGUGAAUGAGGUGACCGAUCCCGAGAGUGGAAGCAGAGGCAACGGUUCCUCUGAGCAGGUCGAGGAGAGCUUGGGAGCUGUGGGAUUGCCAUUAAGUAGCGAGUUGACCAAGGAGGACAUUGAUCUGAUUGAUAUCCUGUGGAGACAGGACAUAGAUCUGGGCGCUGGGAGAGAGGUUUUCGACUACAAUUACAGACAGAAGGAAAAUGAGCAAGAACAGGAAGAGCAGAGCAAGAAGAAUGAAGAGAAAGACAGAAAUAAGAGGAGUGGAUUGCUACAUGGGACUGUUCAAGUGGAUGGGGAGACUGGAGAAAAUGUUCCCAAUCAGGUGCCUGAGUUGACAGAGCAGACUGCACCUUCCUUUGAGGAAUGCUUGAGGCUUCUGGAUGAAACAUUCUCAUUUGGGGAAGAUUCAGAGUUUCCAGAAGCCGUGUCCUCAGUGCUGAAUGAGGCCAUAGACAAUGCUGUGCCCAGCACCAGUGACAGCCUGACCGCAGGUUCACAGAUGACCCUCCUUCCACCUCUCUUGAGGCCAGAGACUUCUUUAGAUUUAGAACAGCAGUGGCAGGAUCUUCUGUCCCUCAUGGAGCUACAGGACAUGGAGGUGACCGACAGUACAACAUCUGCGUAUAGUAAUGGCUCUGGGAGCGGCAGUGCUGAUGUGCCCACAAAUUAUAAUCAAACUCCUGUCACAGCCAUCAAUCAGGAUGUGAGUCUGCACAAUGCCACCUUGCCUCCUUGCGGCCAGGACUUCCCUCCCUUCUUCAAUUCAAACUUGGAGAACCCUUCUGUGGAUGGUGGUCGCAGCCUCCAACAACUGGCAGCCACCAACUCCUCCAACUUUGAUGCCGCCUUUGGUUCCACCAAUUUCACAGGGAUGUUUUUUCCUCCUCGGAUUAACGGGACCAGCAAUGAGACUUCUGGCUCCAGCUUCCCAGACUCUCUGUCUGGCCUGCUAGAUGAGGCAAUGCUUGAUGAGAUCAGCUUUAUGGACUUGGCCAUGGAAGAAGGAUUUGAUCCGAUGGAGGCCUCACAGAUUGAAGAGGAGCUGGACUCUGAUUCUGGCCUCUCCCUUGAUUCGAGUCACAGCCCUGUUUCUCCGAGCAGCUCUGAAUCCUCAACCUCCUGCUCUUCUUCUUCUUCCUCCUCUUCCUCCUCCUCCUCUUCGUUUUACCAGGAAGGGGCAGUUGGAUAUAGCACCGAUUCAGAAAUUGCGGACUCUGAAGAAUUUGAAAGAGAGGGUGCGGUGGGAGGUUAUCAACCAGAAUACAGCAAAUUCUGCCGAAUGAGUUACCAGAAUCCAAACUGUUUCCACUCGCUGCCUUACUUAGAUCAAGUCAACCACAACCACACUUACAACCUGCCAGCUGGACCAUCUGUCUCCAGUCAACAGAACCACCCUGGAAAGAAGGCGCCAAUGAAAGAAACUCAUUCCAAUCGAGUAGAUAUACACAUGGGCCGCGACGAGCGUCGGGCCAGGGCACUGAAGAUCCCGUUCUCCAAUGACAAAAUCAUCAAUUUGCCUGUUGAUGAGUUUAAUGAGCUUCUAUCCAAGUAUCAACUCACUGAUGCCCAGUUGACUCUAAUCCGUGACAUCAGGCGCCGUGGGAAAAACAAACUGGCGGCUCAGAACUGCCGUAAGAGGAAGCUCGACACCAUCCUGAACCUGGACCACGAUGUGGAUCACCUGAAGAAGCAGAAGGCCAGGCUGCUGAAAGAGAAGGUGGAAUUUGUCAAGUCCUUACGGCAGAUGAAGCAGAAGCUGCAGGAGCUUUACCAGCAGGUCUUUGGCCGCUUGCGGGACGAGGAGGGAAGGCCUUACUGCCCAAGCCAGUACUCCCUGCAAUACACCAAUGAUGGCAGUGUACUCAUCAUGCCUCGAGCUCUGACUGCUCAGCAAGGAAAAUCAGAUAAGAAGAAGAACAAUAAGAAGAAAUGAAAUCUGUUGCCAGCCCUGGUGUCUGGCUUUCAACUGAACUAGAGGAAGGAACUCAGCGAGAGGCAGCGCCUCCAGAAAGCUGCUGCUUUUACAAAUAGACAACUGACAAUUCGCACCUUCUCAUAUUUGAAAAUAUCUUGCAAAUCUGACACCUGCAGGUCAGUUAGGAUGGAACAGUAACCCAGGAAGGUCAGUGACAGGGCUCUAUGGAUUGAGUUGGUAGUUUGAUUUUGACCAUGGCUUAAGAAUCAACAAAUGUCUUUCCACUCCUGUUGUGACCCUAUUGGGAUGGGCAGGUGUAUGCACUUGUGUGUCUGGUUGGAGGGAGGGGUGGAAGGCUUUGAUUUAGCUGUUGUCUCUCUGACUGAGACACCCUGGCUGUGUGUAACAAACUGCUUGGCAAAAUCAGUAAGGUUUUUUUUGUUUAAAAGCCUCUCUGCUUCACACACAGUUUACAAACACAAACAAGAAACUGAGUUCAGUUGUUACUUGAAUAUUUCCCUUCUUUAAAAAACAAACUAAGGAUGUGAUGGGUGAACCAAGGGUGUUUGUUCACAGGCAUUUUUCACUUAACAGCUUUAAGACAACUUCAAAGCAUGUGUCAAGGGGGUAAAGGUUACUAUUAGAGGUUGUAUAGACAAGGUGCAGUUUCAUUAAGACCGUUUCUUGUCUGAGACACUGCUACUUGCCGAAUCUCUGGCCUAUCAUUCCUCGCAUGACCUUGCUCUGCAGACCUUUUUGCCAAGUGGUAAAUUUCUGGGAUGGUCUGAAGAGACAAUCCACUUCAAGCCCUCAUGUAAUGGCCAUGUUUAUUAAGUGCAGAAGUCAAGCCUUGCAAAUUUGGUCUUUAUUUCAAACACACUUCACCCUAACCCUGAUUGCCUUGCACUCCAUACAGUCUGGGGUAGCUGAAUGGAAAUGCCCGUAAUUCCUUUCCAGAAGCGGCUAUUAUGAAAUUUGAAUUCUGGUGGGGCCCAAGCAGUUGUUGCUGCAUUUGAUCUGUCAGCUACAGCCCAUCCCUCCAUAAUUCCUAAGUUCAUCCUGAUUAGAUGGGGCAAUUGACAAUUAGGAUUUGAGAACUAAAGCAGUUGAUUACUUGCUAAUGUGUGAUGCAGCUAUAGUGCAGGUUAUUAAACCGAACAAAGAAUAUUACAGGAGUGCUGUGAACAGGAAACCGUGUGGCCACCCAGAUUUUCAAUGUGUGAUGUAUUAAGUGAGAUGAAUAUGUUCUCACUGCCCUCCUCCAACUCCUUCCCAACAUCAGAUAUUUUCUGCUGCCUGUAUGGAAGGAGGGAGGCAGAGUGUUAGCUGGAGAUGGGGGAAGGAGGCAUGGAAAAUGAGAUGGUUCUUAGAGCUUUCUCAAAGACCGAAUAAAAUUAUGCUGAGGAGCAUUGGGGCUAUCCUUUGUUUUCCCUGUAUAGCUAGUGAAAUCUGGAGAUCUUCGUUGAGGGACCCUCUACUGUUCCCUUUCCUCCACUCAAUGCUGUGAUUUAAUGGGCUAUUUGGUGUCUCCAGAUCUCCCCCCUUUUUUUUGUGCACCGAAAGCAUUGAGUGCAGCUCUUCCUUUAUGGAUUCUUGGUGCAAUAUAUAAUCUAUUGAUGGGUUGCUGCUUCGUGUGUGCCUCUAAAUCCCAGCCUUUUCCCCCGGUCACCCCCUUUCUUUUAUUUUUGUGCCUGGUCUGUCAGCCAAGGCUGAUAGACUCAGUCCUGCUGUGCUCAGGAGGUCACUACGUGGGGAUCUGCAAGACUGAAGCACAACAUUUUUGAUGAUGUAGUCAGUACAUGUGUUUGAAAUGUAGUAUGUUGGGUUUAGAGUGGGGAUGGGGGACUUUCUAUACUAGAUUAGCUCUGAAGCAGAAAUCGGAUGGUUAGUGCAGAUUCUAUGAACAUGCUUGGUCAGGAUAUGUGUCCUCCUUGAUUUUAUAUCCUGGCACUUGCAGUUUGAUUGGAAUGAAUGCUAACACCAUUUUGUGUUGAAAGCCUCUGCUGUUUUAAUGGAGGGUAAAAUAAAUGCAAGACACACUCUGUAUAAGCGUGGGAAAGGUGUUCAAAAAGUUUUCAGACUUAUAGGUCUAGGAAAUCUGAGCGCAGUUCAAUCUGCAAUUGUUAGUCAAGGAAGAUAGUUCAGGUUGGAGUUAUUGUUGCUUUGCAGAGUGGAAAAUAUUUUACACUUUUGAUCACAAACUGUUAUAAAACUAGCUAGCUCAGGGUUAGGUAACAUCAUGGUGAUUUAGAGAAUGCGGAAAAUGAGAAGUAUUCUCAGAUCAUUUCCAUGGUUUAUCGAUUGGAAUUGGAGAUGAGUAAAAUGGUUCAUUCACAACAAAAGGAUACUGAGAGUCUGCAGGAUGUAUGCGUGUGUGUGUUGGGAUAUUUUGGUUGCAUGUCUGACCUGAAUCCUGUCGCCUUGCACCUCAAAAGGUGACUAUUUCUGUGAAGAUGGUGAGUAAGCACUGCAUUCUGACCUUUCUUGACUGGUGGCUAGUGUGGAGAUUUUUAAGAACCAGCUUUUGGCUGCAGCUCAUGUUAACCAUACUCCAAAUACAGAAACCUAUAAUCUUCAGACAGGUUGGCUACAACUCCCUGAAUGUUGGCAGAUGAUGUGCCCAACCUCUGGUAUUGACUUAACCAUUUAUAUAAUCUCACUGGCCCUACACUUCCUGCAUGGCAUGAUCAGUUGUGACAUAGUAAACAUCCAAAACACUCUGAAUGUCAAGAUUCAACUCGUCCUUCACUUUAGCAGGAUAAGCAGUAAGAAAGGAGACUGGUGAAAAUAGGGCAGACAUUAAAUGAAGUGGCAUCCUCCACCUGAUAUCAACAUUUAUCCAGUGGAUCUCAAGAAAUGCUGACAAGAACUUGUCAGGUGAUGCUGCAGUUUUUCUUUAACUUGUUAGUUUACUCCAUGUUCAGUAAUUUCUAACAUAACCUCCCCUUAAUUUGUGCCUGAAUAAAAGAUAAAUAGAUUUGAAGUUCAUAACCAACAUUUAUCUUUACAGGGAACAUACCAGGUGUGACUUUGCAUGUUAAAUACAGCUAAUUUCAAGUGAUCUCUUGAUUCUUGAAUAAGAUGCAUUGCAGAGUGCUCAGUCCUUCAGCCCCUGCAUUUAGUCCGAGACAAGAUGUGUUGGUAUCUGAUAGUCCUGAGCUGCCUCUAAUGCUGCAGUGCGUGUUUUACAACGUAACUGUUGCAGCUUUACCUUAAGUUUGCGGCUGGGACCUUUUUAAUCAGACUCUGGCUCCCUCUACUGCUACUAUGUUAAAUUUUACAUGCACUGCAUUUUUUUUUCUCUGAAUGCAGUUUGUGUCUCAAAAUCUGAGAGUUAGAGACAUAUAUUUAGCAAGAGAGCUCACACUGGGAAACAAGUUCUGACCCUUUGGCAGAGGAGAUGGACUGCUGUAAUUGAACUGGAACAUGUCCAUUAAGAUACCAAACUGAAGUUCAGUUUUCCCCAUAUCCUGUUCGUGCCUGAUGUAUUGCAAGAGCGUUUGGUGUUGUCAGGCUGCUGCAAGAUUGACUAUAGUGCACAGGUUAAAAUCCCUGCUGCAUUUUACGGAGUUGCGUAGAAUGUACUGCUCAAACUGAUCCAUGCCAGGGUUUAUGCUCAAUAAUUUCACCUUUCAUCAGAUCCUUCAUUUCUCCCUCAAUAUUUUUAGCUUCCCCUUAAAGAUAUCAUGAGUUUAACCAACUUAACAGUGGAAUUGCUAAAAUGGAAGAAGGAACUUCAAGAUCUGAAAGAAAAACAAAUUUCUGGAGAAACUCAGCAGAUUUGGCAGCGUUAAGGAGAGAGAGAAAAUCACAAUUAAUAUUUCAAGUCCAGCAACCCUUCUUCAGAUUAGUCCUCUUAUUAAGGGUUGCUGGACUUGAAAUGUUAAUUGUGAUUCUCUCUCUCUCUCUGUAGAUGCUGCCAGACCUGCUGAGUUUCUUCAACAAUUUCUGUUUUUCUGUUUGGGUUGCUAAGUAUUGUAGACAACUUCCUCUAGGUUUUUGACUGUUUGGUGUCUGGUUUUCCAUAAGGCAGGUGUUUAAUUUGGGACAGCAACAUCCAUAUUAAGUUUGAUUGGGCUAUUUUAUUUUAGCAGAACAAUACAGUCGGUGGAUAGGCAAGUUCUCAAUUCUUGCAAACAAAGGCUGAAUGAAGCUAAAAAUUUCAAACACAGAUUCAGUGUCUGAAGAGAUGCAGACAAGAUGACAACCAUGUUGCUGCAUUCUGCUUAUUGGUAUGCAUUCUAAAACACUGUCAGCAUUUACUUUGGAGCUAAAGCAGAUUUCUAAUCCUUUACAUGUUCCCAUUUGCUUAAAAAUGGAACAAUCAAGAUUUUGAAUGCUCUCAAUUCUGCUGAGAGGUCAUAAACUGGCAUGAAGUGUGUCAAGCCUGUCUGUUAAAAUUAGUAUAGUCUCUGAUCAAACCGUUCCAAAUUUCAGUGCCCAGGGACAUUGGUCUGCUAUCGUUUCCAGAUGUCGAUUGCCAAAGAACAGGGGCAGUGUUUCUAGAAACUGAAAUCAUGCUAAAGCUGACUCCGCACAUCUGGUUAGUUCUGAGGUGGUUUCUAAUAGCACUCACUCAACGUUUGCUCAGAACAGAUUACUGAGGAGCCUUGUACUCCCAGCUACGUGUGUGAUUGUUUCCUUCACUUGUGUAUAAACUUAUCACCAGCCUCUGCAGAAUAACAAGUUUGUUUUUUGUACUUAUUUAUGUUAAGUUAUAGAUGAUGGAGUCUCUCUUCUAUUUAAUUGUUUGUUUCCUGUCAGAUUUGUGCAGAUAUCUAAUGUUGCCUAUAACAAAUGUCUUUUUCUCUUGGCUUGGCAGGGAACCUCUCAAAUCUGUUGUAUAUUUUUCUUUACAUGAAAACUUGCAGCAAACCAGGAUUGUUUGGGGAGGGAAAUUCAAUAAAUUAAUUCUAUUUUCACAUGUUUCCCAGGCUAACUUUUUUACUUAUUUAAACCCUUGAUGGACAAAUGUGUAAGUAAUUUUACCAGGUGUAUUGAUGUUAAGAAUAUUUGGAACAGAGUAGGCCAAUCAGUCUUUUGUACUUGCUCUGCUGUUCUAAAUCAUGGCUGAUCAUUUACCUUUUAAAUACCAUUUUCCCCACACUAACCCAUAUUUCCUGACAUCAUUAGCACUGAAGUCUUAUCUACCUAAUAUACUGAACAUCUGAGUUUAAAUCAGCUUUGGGAUGGAAAAUUCCAAUGAUUAACUACUUUCUACAUGACAAAACUUCUCACAGAUCCAAAUUGCUUGCAUCUUAAUUGCAGACUGCUCCCAGUGAAAUCUACUUUCUUCGAGGUGAAUGGAGGCAAAAAGUAAGAUGUUCAUCUCUACCUCAAGAUCUUGGCAGUUGGUGUUUCUGGAUUGUGAUUAAAGUUUUGUACCUGCUCACGCAACAUAGAGGGCCGAAGGGCCUGUACUGCACUGUAGUGUUCUAUGGAAUUAAGUGAUCAUUUCUUUGAAACUGGAUAAUAAAGCUCAGAUGCUUUUCUUACCAUCUUACCAGAGGUGGCAGCACAGUCCUGCCCACUUAUUUUGACUUUACAAUACAGUCCUGCUCAUUCUUCUAUUUUACCAAUUAAUGACAGGGUUCCUCAUAAGAUGAUGGUCUUUUAGUCCUGUAGUUCUCAAUUGGAAAAGUUCUAUCUUGACAUCAUCUGCUUUUCAACAUUUCCAAGUGUACUUUGCAAGAAUCUAUCCUAGUUAUUUCUGAGUCAAGCCAAAUGGUGGAGGCCUUUUAAAUGAAUGGUAGGUGUGACCCAGUGGAGUCUACGCCACUUUUCAGCAAUCCCAUUUGUGCUGAUGGGUGCAGUGGGGGGAGGAAUGAACCACACACUUGGGACUCCUUCAAAACUUAGGCUACAUGUUGACAGAAUUCAGUCCAAAGUCAUGUAGGUGUUCCCUAGGAAGCCUGAACAAUGACUGAUGCUCCCAUAAAGUCUCCCACAUCAGGUCAAACAUGGGUAUGGAAACAUCCUGCUAUUGAACACACAUUUCCCUUUGUUUCUACAUCAGUAUUCAGUUGCAAACCACCUUGGACAUUCUGAUCUGUAAAAUGAGUGAUCAAGGCUUGGUCUGUACCCAAAAUGAAUAAAAUCUCCUUGGCUAUCUUGAUCCUGUCAUCAUUAGUUUAACAUCUCCAAAAAAAUCUUCCUUCAUCUUAAGUCAGAUCUUUCCAUAAUUGGCCCAGUCCUCCAUUCACUACUACUAUUUUUUAAAAAAAAAAGAAAAGUAAUCUGUGGGGGGAGUUUUUGUCUGUUUUAACAUUAUCCAUAAUUAAGAGAUAACAUGCUUAACUCAGUCAAAGCCUGUCAACUUUACCAACCCUCAGCAAUUUAACAAAAGGAAAAAGGGCUGAAAAUUUUUUCAGGGUGACUGACCUGUAACUGUUCAAGUUUAUCGAUAUGUGGUUAGUAGUGAGGCAGAAGCUCUAAAGUUACAGGAUAUAAAGGGAUUGGUCAGAUGGAAUUUAAUUCUAAGUGAAUGGCUAAACGGUUGGAAUCUCUGGGUGCUUGUCCGUGUCCAAGAAGGUAGAAGGACCUUAGGGUGGUUAAGAUGACAAAUGGGACAGUUGACCUUUAUCAGGGUGGUGUAGAUUACAUAAGCAGUCAGGUAUUGGAGUAAUAGCAAGAACUGCAGAUGCUAGAGAGGUUGGAUAAGCUUAGGUUAUUUUCUUUAGAGCAGACGAGGCUGAGGGGAGAACACAAUUGCUGUGUAAAAGAUUGACACCAUUAGUAGAAUAGAUAAGAAGCAGCUGUUUCUCUCAGCUGAAGGAUCAAUAACAAGAGGGUGUAAAUUUAAAGGGGGAAGGAAGGAGAUUUAGAGGGAAUUGGACGAAAAUGUUUGUCUGAAUAAAGGUGAGAAUCUGGAUGAUCACUUAGCCCAUACCCUGGAAUAUUAUGACAUUAAGUGCUGGAAAUUGAAAUUAGUGUAGAUAUGUUGGUGCAGAAUUAGUGGUCUGAAGGGGCCUCUUCUGUGCUCUGUGACUAUGACUCUGUCUACUGUUGCUGGCCAUGUAUCAUGAGCAUUCUGCAUUUCAAUUAAUGCUGUCCAGUUAUUAAAAAAAUUCAUACAA